AUGCCAGCCUCAACACGCGCCAGCACCGGCAAUAGCAAGCCGCGCAUCGUGCAGCAGAUCGAAAACGCCGUCAUACCAAAGAAGCGCACAGCUACCACGGCCAACACGUCGAAGCCUCGCACAACCACCGGCCGCGUCGCGAAGCCCAAGGCCACAGCUACCACUACCGGGCCGAGGACUAAGGUCGUUAAGAAGAGACGCACUCCUACGGAGAAGGCGAAGGAUAAGGUCGUAGGGACUGCAGAGAAGCUGGUGGGUGAGGUCGAGGGGAAGCCAGGCAAGAAGGCGGCUGGGACGAGGAAGGCAAGUGGGACCGGUGCAGGGUCAACGAGGAGAAGAGUUUGA